AUGAGCAGCGAGCCGUUCACAGUCUUCGUUGCUGAUGACCUGGCGCUAGCGGACGUUGAGCACUGGCUGUUGUUCGACGAAGCCGUUCUGCCUCAUCCUUCGCCUUCCACCGACGACCCUCAUUCGCUGACGCAACUUCUCCCAGAUUUACCGUUUAUUCCCUCAGAUCCGUCCCUCGCUUUCUUGACCGACGACCAUGCUCCACGCCCCUCGCCCUCCCGCGGUGGUGAUAUGGGGGUGGGCGGGCUCAGGGGGCCUUCCGCCGACCCUCCCUCCGCUCCGCCCCCGUGCAAGCUGCCUCGGCGCCCCCCGGACCUCUCCUCCCGCCUCGCCGCCGUGCUGCAAAACAUCAACCCGCCGCGCCCUGCGCCGUCCCCCUGGCAACCGGUUCCCUGCUUGCCCAAGCCGGGCCUUCCUUCUGCUGCCACUCCUGCAGCUGCAGCAGCAGCAGCUGCGAUUCCACCAGCAACGGCAGCAGCAGCACCAGCAGCAGCAUCUGCAGUAGCAGCAGCAGCAGCAGUAGCGGUAGCAGUAGCGUGCGCUGUGUCUUGUCUAAAGGCGCCUGAGAGCAGGCUCGUGGUUGGAGGCAGUCGGGGAGACGCGAGUGGUUUCAUGGGCUCUACACUGCCCUCCUCUGCUGUUCGCACCAGCUACGCUGCUGCUAAUGGAUAUAACCAGCGAGUGCCGUGGCUAGCAGCCUUUUCAGACAAGACCGCUAUUCGCAAAAUCCGCGUCUGUGCAGCGCACAGCGACCCACUGAGCACUGACCCGGACGGUGAAGAGAUUAGCGCAAAUGCAUCAAGCAGGGCGUUCGUUGCCGCCCCAAACAUCCCUGAAUUCGGCCCAGAGAGGCCCCUGCGAGUGGAUGUGUCAGGCAUGCUGCCACGGCCCAUGAGUGGCGCGAAAGAGGGCAUGCUGAAGCAGCAGCUCAUGGCUCUCGCUGAAGCCAUGGCUGUUGAUGACUCGGUGCGGUGGCGGCAGUUCAUGCAGCAGGUGCGGAGGGAGGCGGCAGCGGGAUGGGACACAUGGCAGUGUAUCGCCUUCCAUGCCUUAGAGGCGCUGCAGGCGCGCAUGGAUGGCACCGCGCUCACCCGCUGGUGCACCCCCUUGAAUAUCACCCUUCAGGAUUCAAUGGCAGUGUUGGCAAGCCAGUCGGUGCGGCGGCGGCGGCUGCAUAUCAUAGCCAUUGGACUCUACUGCGGGCCGCACUGGAUCCAAAUUUUCAUGCGCCUUGCUGCCCACUUCUCCUCCCCGCCUCUCCUCCCUGCCACCGCCACCACAGCCAAUGGGCAUCCACAAAGUGGCAUUCCAUCUAUGAUCGCUAUGAUCGCUUCUCCCCCGCCCCGCCCCACAGUCCACGUGAAAGUCACAGCUGUUGAUUUCGGGAUCAUCAAAGUCGAGGAGUAUCCAAUGGGCCUGGUGCAUCUGGGCGGGCAGUACCUGGAGCAGGUGGCAUCUAUGAUGGGCCUCUCCCUGUCAUUCCAUGGCAUAGAAACCAACCCACUCGACUUCCACCCGUCGCAAGUGGAGGUGGAUGAAGGGGAGGAGGUGAUAGUGCUGGCUAAUUGGGGCCUCAUGGUCUUUCCAGACGACACAGUGCUUCGCUCCAAUCCCCGCAACUCCAUCCUCAAGUGGAUCCGCGACCUGCGCCCUCUGCUCCUCCUGCAGGUCGACAUUGAUUUGGAUGCCAACGGGCCCUUCUUCCUCUCGCGCCUCCACGCCGCAUUCGCCAACUUCGCGGCGUUCAUCGAGUCAUUUGAUGCUUCCAUGCCGCACUCUGCCUCGUCACGCUUUGCUGCGGAAACCAUUCUGGCAAGGGAUUUAAUGAACGGGGUGGCAUGCGAGGGCAUGAACAGAUGGCUGCGGUCGGAGCGGCUCGAGAAAUGGGUGCAUCGGAUGAGAGCGGUGGGGCUGGAACCCGUACAUUUAGGGCCGGACACAGUGGCGGCUGGGAGGGAGAUUACAGAGGGGAGAGACAAGAGGUUCCGGUUAGAAGUGCAUGCUGAGACGGGCGCCCUGCAGCUCAGCUGGCGCGGCGUCCCUAUGAUCUUCGUAGCUGCCUGGAGAUGA